AUGUACUUCUUUCUUAGUCAUUUGUCGUUGAAUGACAUCCUGCUCUCCACGACCAUUGUGCCCCAAAUGCUCCAUAUCACACUAAAAGAAGGAAGCGUGGUGUCCCUGUCCGGCUGCUUCACCCAAUUUUAUUUCUUUCAGAUAUCAACCAUAACUGAGUUUCUGCUCCUCACCGUGAUGUCCUACGACCGAUACUUGGCCAUCUGUAACCCGUUGCGUUAUUCCUCCAUCAUGGACCUUAAGCUUUGUGUUCACCUUGUCCUUUUGUCUUGGAUAUCUGGAAUGAUUUUCUCAUUGCCGCACAUUGUUAUCCUGAGCCAAAUGACAUUCUGUGGGUCAAAUAUUAUCAACCAUUUUUUCUGCGACUUGGUUCCUCUUCUCAAAAUCUCUUGUUCUGCUAAAUCAGCGAGUGAAUUAGUCAUCAUAGUUUUAGCGAUUCCCUUAACGUUCUUCCCGUUCGUUUUUAUUAUCGUUACUUACGUCCGUAUUUUCCUCGCCAUCCUCCGGAUCUCCUCCAGCGCCGGGAGACAGAAAGCCUUCUCCACCUGCAGCUCCCACCUGACCGUGGUCUGUAUAUAUUACGGGACACUGAUAUUUAACUAUCUGGUUCCAUCUCAAGAAGAUGGCUUACAAAAGCUGGUUUCUGCACUUUACACCAUGGUGACCCCAUUACUGAACCCCAUCAUAUACAGUCUGAGGAACGAGGAGAUCCGAGGGGCAGUAAUUAAGUUUAUGUUAAGGAGAAUUAAGAGAAAAAUAUAA